AUGUCCAUCGCAACGCCAAUCAACCUAAUCCUAGUCUCCCUAUUUGGUGUCCUGCUCUACUGGCACUUCCGCCCCAAAGCACCCAUUGUCCUCCCCCGCGGCCCGCCACCGGCAGUCUACAAGACCUACACCCCAAAGACGCUUAUCGAAUUCAAUGGCCAGAACGACAAGCCCGUCUACUUAGCCGUCCGCGGCCGUGUCUUCGACGUUACCCCUGGCAGGAAUUUCUAUGGACCGGGUGGUCCUUACGAGAACUUUGCUGGCAGGGAUGCUUCGCGCGGUCUCGCUUGUCAGAGCUUCGAUGAGGAGAUGUUGACCAAGGAUUUGUCGGCGCCCUUGGAUGACCUGAAGGGAUUGGAUGCGGAGCAGUUGGAAAACCUGCAGUCGUGGGAAGAUCGCUUUUUGGAGAAGUAUCUUGUUGUUGGCAAGUUGGUUGCGGAGGGUUCGCCUGAUGCUCCGGAUUCUUAA